GAGCUGCAACUUUCUCAGUUUGACACAGAAUGGGGAGAAGCUGACGCACCAAUAUUUACCGGACCGUUAACUCCCCACCUCACGUUUUUCCUCAUGUCUUCUCAACCCGCAUGCUGUGCUAAACAAGGACAAAUAUUCUUGAGAGGCACUUUCUAACAAUUUGACCACAGAAAAGCUGGCAAGCCGCACUUAUUUUCCUUUUCUUGUUUUUUUUUUCUUUCUUUUUUUUUUGGAGACUUUUAACCGCGUUAUUACGCAUGACGCGUAAAGGGAUGGCUCCUCUGCUGAGGCACAGAACGGGAGUACAGAAUGUUUUUUAUGUGUGUCUCUCCAUUUCACUGGCUUAUUCUUAUAAUAUAGACUUACAACAUCCCGUUGUGUUCAGUGGACCCGACUCUAGUUUCUUUGGCUACUCUGUGCUGGAGCAUUAUCAUGACAACACACGCUGGGUGAUCGUCGGGGCACCGAGGGCCAACUCUUCCUACAGCAGCUCUGUUCUCUCUCCCGGAGCGGUGUAUAAGUGCCGGAUUCACAGCAACCCUGAGCGCCGCUGCACGGAGAUGGAUCUGGGAAGAGGAAACAAGCCGAGAGAAACAUGUGGAAAGACAUGCCAGGCAGACAGGGACGACGAGUGGAUGGGGGUCAGUCUGGCCCGCCAGGACAGAGCCGACGGGAAAAUACUGGCGUGCGCCCACCGCUGGAAAAACGUCUACUACGCCUCGGAGUACAUCCUCCCGCACGGAUACUGCUCCAUUAUCUCCCCAACACUCCAGGGCAGAACGAAACCUCUCAUCCCCUGUUAUGAAGACUAUAAGCAGAAGUAUGGGGAAGAGCAUGGCUCGUGCCAAGCUGGGAUAGCGGGAGUUUUUAUGGAGGAGCUUGUGGUGAUGGGGGCACCGGGGUCGUACUACUGGACGGGGACGGUGAAGGUGUACAACAUGACCUCUGACUCCUUCUACAGCCUGAACCAAGACAGCAUCGACUCGCACAGAUACAGCUACCUUGGCUAUGCAGUGACGGCUGGACACUUCUCCUCUCCUAAUGUCAUAGACAUAGCCGCAGGGGCGCCUCAGCACAGCGGCAGUGGAAAAGUUUAUAUUUUCAAGAUCGAUGGCGUGUCUUUAGUGAAGAGUUUCCAGGCCUCUGGGAAAAUGAUGGGCUCUUACUUUGGCUCCUCAUUGUGUGCAGUUGAUCUGAACCAGGACGGCCUGUCGGACCUGCUGGUCGGGGCACCCAUGCACAGCCAGCUCCGAGAUGAGGGCCAAGUGUCUGUGUACAUCAGCAAGGGCAAUGGGGUGAUGGAAGAACACGCUGUCUUGACUGGUGACAAUGCUUUUAAUGCACACUUUGGAGAGUGCAUCGCUGCAAUUGGAGAUGUAGAUGAUGAUGGCUAUCAAGAUGUAGCCAUAGGAGCACCGAAAGAGGACGACUACGCCGGAGCGGUCUACAUCUACCAUGGGGAUGCUACUGGAAUUAUCACAAAGUAUUCCAUGAAACUGUCAGGACGAAACGUCCAGCCUGGCCUGCAGAUGUUUGGCCAGUCCAUCUCUGGCAAUGUGGACAUGGAUAACAAUGGCUACUCAGAUGUCACCAUUGGAGCUUUCAUGGCAGACAGUGUGGUACUACUCAGGACCAGGCCAGUGAUUACAGUGGACGUCUCCAUUUUCCUGCCCGUAUCUAUCAACAUCUCGGUGCCGCAGUGCCACGAGGCCCAGCAGAACGUAAACUGCUUCAUCGUCACCGUCUGCAUGCGCUUCAGAGGAAGACAGCUGCCCGGCCAAAUAGAGUUGCUGUAUAACCUAACAGCCGACGUGGAUAAGCGGCAGAAGAGCCAGCUCUCCCGGGUUUACUUCACUCAGAGCGGGUCUCAGAUCAGUCAGAUGAACCAGCAGUUGAGCUUGCACAUUAACAGAGAGGAGUGCCAGCGCUACACCGCCUACGUUAAGAAAGAUGUGAAGGACGUUUUCACGGCGAUCACCUUUGAGGUUUCCUACAGCCUCGGGAAGCACGUUCUGCAAGGACACCAGGACCAGGACCUGCCAGCUCUCAGUCCGGUGCUGCGAUGGAGGAAAGGGAAUAAAAUUGCAGUGAAAAAUGAGACUUGGUUCGAGAAGAACUGCCUGUCGGACGACUGCGCCGCUGACCUGAGGCUUCACGGGAAGCUCUUGGUUUCUGGACUGCACAGUAAACCCCAUUUGGCCCUUGGAGGCGUGAGAAAUGUUUCUUUGAACCUGACCAUCUCCAACGCCGGAGACGACGCCUACGACACCAACAUCUACUUCAACUUCUCCAGAGAGAUUUUCUACAUCAACUUCUGGCAAAAGGAAGAGAAGGGUAUUUCCUGUGAACUCGUGGAUUUGGACUUCCUCAAGUGCAAAGUGGGAUUUCCUUUCAUGAGAGCACAGACCAAGUAUCAUUUUGCUGUGAUUUAUGAUACCAGUCGGCUCUCCGGGGAAAAUGACACAUUACGGUUCUUAGUUCAAGCAAAAAGUGCGAAUCCAGAGCACAAACUUGCGGACAACACUUUGGACCUGUCGAUUCCUCUGAUCCAUGAGACCGACACGACGAUAACAGGUGUGGUAACCCCGAACUCCUUUGUUUACGGAAACUCCAUCGACGACUCCCGUUUUGUCCAGUUGGAAGAUAUGGAGUGCAACUUCCAGCCGCUUAAUCUCACUUUCCAGGCAAUAAACAAGGGGCCCAGCAGGCUGCCCGGCUCCACCGUGGACAUCAGGAUACCCAACCGGCUCGCUGGCAACGGAGCCGACAUGUUCCACGUUAUUGAAACACAGGUUGCUGACGGUCGGGGGAACUGCACCCCUCACAAGAACCCGACGCCGUGCACCAUUCCCCCGGACAAAGAGAGCAUCUUCCACUCCAUAUUUGCCUUCUUUACUAAAUCAGGGCGUAAAGUUUUGGACUGUGACAGACCAGGAAGAGCUUGCAUGACCAUCUCCUGCAGUCUGGGACCCCAGUUAAAAGAAGAAGCAUUGAGCAUUGACAUAAAACUUUUACUCAACACUGAAAUCCUGAAGAGUGAUAGUUCGUCUGUUAUCCAGUUUGUGACCAGGGGCAACGUGCAAGUAAAUGACAGAGCAGUGGAGGUGCCAAACAGCCUGCCAGAGGACAUUUCUCUGGUGUUUGAGGCGCUCCACAGCCAGGAGCCGAGAGGCUACGUCGUCGGCUGGAUCAUUGCCAUCAGUCUGCUGGUGGGAAUCCUCAUCUUUUUGCUGCUAGCUGUGCUACUCUGGAAGAUGGGAUUCUUCCGUCGGCACUACAGAGAGAUCAUCGAGGCUGAGAAGAAUAGGAAGGACAGCGAUGAAAGCUGGGACUGGAUGGAAAAGAACCACUGAGACCUGCAGUGUGAGGGUCCCAGAGGAGCCAGUGAGAUCAGGGAUUGGGUCAGGAUGGAUCCAAUAGCCCCGUCGCCCCGGUGGCACCAGGCCCUUCAGUCUUCCAUAUGUGGAAGAGAGGAAUAUUCUCCAUAUUUUUUGGAGACUUGAUACUUUUUUUGUGGGUGGGGGUGGGGGUGGGGGUGGGGGGGUCCUGGAAACAGUUUUCUGAGGUGACAGUGUGGCUUGCCAGAGGACACUUGCUGUGGAAUUCAGCUAAUUCUCAAAGGAGGCAACUCCCAGCCAGCGGAGCGGAGCUGCUGAUGGAGACCCACGUCAGUACAAUGAUGUGGAGACGGCAUGAAUGCUAGUGGACAACAAAACCCUCAGGGCUGUGUUACAUAGCAAAUUUAUUUUUAUACAUACACUUUAAGCCAUAUUGUUUGAAACUGAGCUUUGAAGAGGGCUGGGGUUUUGAAGGUCAUUGUAAGCAUACUGUAUCUACAGUAUGUUUUACUAAAAGCACUGAUGUUUGAUAAGAAUGAAUGCUUUGGCUCCACAGCUUUCCUCUCUGUGCCAAAGAUCUGUCCUAUAUGAUAUAUGAUCGGCGUUGUUCCUAUAUUCAGUCCAUCCAAGUCAACGAGUGCGAAAGAUUGUAUCUUUUCUCAAAUAUUUCUGCCACAAGAAUAUCUAUUUUACACAUCUGACUGCCUGCCUCUUCCACCACUGAUCAUCCAGAGAUAAUUGUAUGCUAUCGCCACCGCCACACAUAAUGAAUCAAAUACACUGUGCUCCCGCCAUCUACUAGUGUUGCUACAAGUCGUGUCACACAUCUAAAUAUUCAGUUAAAGGCAUCUCUGAGGCCAUGUGGACGCUGUUCAGGAUGUGGUAAUCGACAGCACUGUAGAGCGCUCUAUUAACUCUUUAUUUGCUGCGUUUCCCUUAUUAUCCACGCCGAAAAUGCACAAGAUGUGUUGUAACUUAUACGUGACACACCACCAUUGAAGGUAUUUUGACAGUUUUAUGAGCAUUCCAUCUCUCCUGCCCCGACUUUUAAUUCAGCUGUUUGUAAGUGAUAACGGUUUGUUGACAAAUGUAGACGUAAUUUUUUUUUCUUGUAGAGAUUUUUUUUUAAUACAUGCUAAAAAGUGCAAUGUGGAAGAACGAAAAUUAUCAUAAGCUGCUUUCGCAAGGAUCUAAACGCUCAGGUAUGCAGCAGAUAUUUCAAAUGGACCCUCAACAGUUCCAGGUUCGAGUGGACAGUGUAGUAUUAUUGGAGUCUGUUUUAAAUUCACACUAAACGACAGCAGGUAAUGAUUCACAGUCAACACCAGACCUGUUCUUGAUUUAUUUCACUAAACCUUCCCGACUUCAACCAGGGACACCAUAUUUAAUUUUACUAUUGUGUUAUUAGGCGUUGAGUUCUCGGGUGAAAUAUGAGAUACUUAACUCUCCGUAGGCAGAUGAAAGUCUGCAGCAGGAGUCCAAAUACAGUCGCUUUCAGGGGCCCGUGACUGAACUGAGUAAUGCCCUAAAAAUAGGUGGGAAUGUGCUGCAGUCAAUCUCCACACGUAUACGAGCUCUUUGGGGCGAGUGGGAAUUUUAAGUCAAAGUGGAGGAAUGUCAGUCCCCUGAAAACCCUCCACCAAUCAAGUCAACAGCUCUCCGUGCUGUCGUUCCCCCACAUGUUCUCAUCAAGCUUUUGAAUUUUUUAGUUCAGAUUGUGAAUGAAACCCACGUUUUACAUCAAGGUUUCCCAUACGGCACAAAUAUUUCAGCUAUUUUAAGGAUUUUGAAGAACUUAAUUG